AUGAGAAAAAUUGAAAAUCAGUCAGUCGCUCCUUCUAUCGGCUCCAACACAGGCAUAGCUCCUUCUGGGGGUGGAACAUCGUCUCCUAAAAAGAAGAAAGAUUCUUCACAUUCACGCCAUCAUUCCAUCCAAAAACCAAUUGUUAUUUUACCUUAUGUCUCAGAACACUCAUUUGGUGGUUCUAUUGGAGCUAGAACAGCAAAUUUACCAAAUUUUAAGGAAUUAGGUCCUCCAGAUCUCGUUCAUAUUUCAAAAUACAACAAACAAUCACAAAAAGAAGAAGGUCAAUAUCAUUACAUUACAGGGCUAGAUGUAUCCUCAGCUGUUGCACCUGUUGCUUAUCUGACUACAUUGAACUUGAAUUCUACUUCAUCUUCGUCAAAACAUCCAAAUAUUUAUACUUAUUGUUCCUAUAAUGCAUUUAGCAGAUCCGAUGUUAGAAUAAGAACAGAGUUUCCUAGCUCCGCCCCAGGCGCAUUUCAAUUGCAACUGAUACCAAGUGAUAGAAGCAAUAAGAUAUUGAAUGAAGUUACUGAAGAAAUUUGGGACGAAUUAUUUGUUAGUGCAGUUGUUAGAUCUGUGCUUAUAAACUUGGACUUUGAAAGAAAAGUUCCUUCCUUAAUUGAAAAGCCAUUGACAAAAUCAGUACAACAUUCCAAAAAUAUAAUCACAAGAUUGAUAAAAUUCAUUGAAAGGGGGCCAUUAUUAGGUUGUAAUUCACUGAUCCAAAGACCAUCAAUUGUUCAAAAUUAUUUGAUUGAUGCACUUUUGAAAAUUGUCGAGUUGACAAGUUUGUAUGAAUUUACUAUUGAUCAACUACAAUCAUUAACUAGAAAGGAUGUGACAUUAUUGAUUGUUAAAAUUUUGUUUCUCGCUGAUAGAGAAGUUGAUGCAAUCAAAUUAUUAUAUGAAGCAUUGAAAAAGAAUCCAAGGGAUGCAUUAUUGCUCAAUGAACAAGUGAAAUUUCUGAUUUCAAAAGAGAAAUUUGAAUUAGCUUUGAAUCCUGCUUUAGCUGCGGUGAAUGCCAAUCCUGUUGAUUUUGAAGCUUGGUAUAAUUUGACAAAGCUUCACAUCUUGAAUGAUAACAUCCCACUGGCUUUGGUUGCAUUGAAUUCCGCACCAAUGUAUGGAAUUAGACCAAAAGAUUUGAUUUAUAUUGAUCCAAAAGACCCAAUCACUGUGCCUUAUCCAACUGAAGGUAAGAUUAAGCAAGUUUGGGAUAAUGUAUCACAAGUUUAUGGACCAGGUUGUGAUAAUUCCAUCAAAUUUUCACCACGUUUUGAAGUUGAGGCAUGUGAUCCUGCUUUGAUUAGAACAAACUCGCAACAAAUGAGAGGUACAUAUAGGGCAGCUUAUGAGUUAUUGAUAUUGAUUAUCAAUCAAAUUGGAUGGGAUAAGUUGCUGAAGUCCAGAUCUAAAGUCUUUAUCAUGGAUGAUGAAUAUAAAACAUUAUCUAAUGUUAGCUUAGCAGCUGAUAAAGACUCAUCUGAUGAUAUCAAAAAGAAGAGAUUGUGUGAGAGAUGGUUGGAUAAUCUGUUUUUGGUAUUAUAUGAAGAUUUGAGAGUGGUUUUAAUUGUGGAGAGUGAACUGCAAAAUGAAAAACAAUUAAAACACAGUGGGCUAGAAUGGCAAUUAAUUGGUUUAGCUUCCUAUAGAACUCACCAUUUCAAAAAUGCUGUUGCAGCACUAAGAACCCAGUUAAGUGCUAAGUUUGAUAUUAUUGCUGCUUAUAAAUUGUUGGAACUUUGGGAACUAAAUUACACUACAAAAGAGUUUAAAAUCUGGAAUAAGACCAACAAGUAUGGAGAUUUUGAAAUAACAUUAGAUCAAAUUUUGGAUGUUCUGGUGAAAUGUAUCAGUUAUAAUAUCAGAUUCUUCAAUGAAUUUGAGCUACCUAUCUUGUUGUUCUUGAAGAAGUUUUUGAAUAAGUAUGAUGUUGAUUUUAUCAAAAACAAGAUCCAAGUUUUGUUUGAAAAUGACAACAAGGACUACAAAAAUUCUGGUGUGAUUCCACCGUUUGACUCCCUAGUGGCAGAUAUCCAAACCUUGUCCCCAGACUGUUUCUAG